ACGCCAGGGCGGGGCGCGCAGUCGAGCGCCAACCGCGAGCGGGGAUCCGCAGCGUGCAGCCCGGUCACCACCCGCCAUGGCCCGCGCUGCCCCGCUGCUCGCCAUGCUGGCCACGCUUCUCACCGCCGCCGCUGCAGGCGGAGACGCCCCGCCCGGAAAAAUCGCUGUUAUUGGAGCUGGGAUCGGGGGCUCUGCCGUGGCCCAUUUCCUUCAGCAACACUUUGGACCCCGGGUGCAAAUUGUCGUCUAUGAGAAAGGGGCUGUGGGUGGCCGCCUGGCCACCAUCUCCGUCAACAAGCAGAACUACGAGAGCGGGGCAGCCUCCUUCCAUUCCCUGAGCCUCCACAUGCAGGACUUCCUCAAGCUGCUAGGGCUGAGACAGCGGCGCGAGGUGGUGGGCAGGAGCGCCAUCUUCGGCGGGGAGCACUUCGUGCUGGAGGAAACCGACUGGUACCUGCUGAACCUCUUCCGCCUCUGGUGGUACUACGGCAUCAGCUUCCUGAGGCUGCAGAUGUGGGUGGAGGAAGUCAUGGAGAAGUUCAUGAGGAUCUACAAGUACCAGGCCCAUGGCUACGCCUUCUCGGGCGUAGAAGAACUGCUCUACUCACUGGGGGAGACCACCUUUGUCAACAUGACCCAGCGUUCGGUGGCCGAGUCCCUGCUCCAGGUGGGGGUCACACAGCGCUUUAUUGAUGAUGUUGUCUCCGCUGUCCUACGGGCCAACUACGGCCAGUCAGCAUCCAUGCCUGCCUUUGCCGGAGCCAUGUCACUAGCUGGGGCUCAGGGCAACCUGUGGUCCGUGGAAGGGGGCAACAAGCUGGUUUGUUCCGGUUUGCUGAAGCUUGCCAAGGCCAGCGUGAUCCAUGCCACUGUGACCUCUGUGACCCUGCACACUACAGAAGGGAAAGCCCUGUACCAGGUGGGGUACGAAAGUGACAAAGGCAACAGCUCUGACUUCUACGACAUCGUGGUCAUUGCCACGCCCCUGCACCUGGACAACAGCAGCCACAACAUCACCUUCGACGGCUUCACCCCGCCCAUUGACGACAUCCAGGGCUCUUUCCAGCCCACCGUGGUCUCCCUGGUCCAUGGCUACCUCAACUCUUCCUACUUCGGUUUCCCCGACCCUAAGCUUUUCCCCUUCGCCAACAUACUCACCACAGAUUUCCCCAGCUUCUUCUGCACUCUGGACAACAUCUGUCCCGUCAACAUCUCAGCCAGCUUCCGGCGGAAGCAGCCCCAGGAAGCAGCAGUGUGGCGAGUGCAGUCCCCGAAGCCCCUCCUCCGGACGGAGCUGAAGACCCUCUUCCGUUCCUAUUACUCAGUCCAGACAGCCGAGUGGCAGGCCCACCCCCUCUACGGCUCCCGCCGCAGCCCCCCCAAGUUCGCGCUCCAUGACCAGCUCUUCUACCUCAAUGCCUUGGAGUGGGCGGCUAGCUCCGUGGAGAUGAUGGCUGUGGCUGCUAAGAACGUGGCCUUACUGGCUUAUAACCGCUGGUACCAGGACCUGGACAAGAUUGACCAAAAGGACUUGAUCCAUAAGGUCAAGACUGAACUGUGAGCGUUUCCAGAGAGACUCCAGGAACUCUGUCCCACACUGAAGAUGGAGCCCACCCCAGCAGCAUAGGACCACCGCCUAAGCCACAUUCGUGGGCUGCUCUGCUCUCUCUGUCCUCUGUAUGGAGCAGAUGUUCCCCCCUGUGGGUCCAGGUGAUUCACUAUCUGCCUAAGGAUCCUUAGAAGCUGCCUUUUUUUUUUUUUUUUUUUUUUUUUUUGGUUUUUGGU